AUGACAGGGGCAACACCGCCAGCUUCGGCGGACAGGGAUGUCUCCAGGCAUGCCGGAGAGCCAGCGUUGGAGAAGCUGAGCAGCAAGAGCCCAGCAGUUGAGUACAGGGACUUGCUUCGUUCCUAUUUCUCCGACUCGCAGAGGUGGCUGGCGCCCCCGCCGUCGCUCUCUCCCUUUCUGCUUGCUCGAGCCGGCUUCCAGUGUGCGGACACAAGAGUGAUUCGGUGCCCUCUGUGCGGCGCCCAAUGGACGUGGCGCAAGCGAAAAGCGCGAGCUGUUCCGCCUGCGAGUCGCUUGCAGGGAGAACAUCUGCAGCAGCGAGGACACGCCCUGUCUUCAGAGAACGGUGAACAAGGAGACUCCAGCGACGGCACGAAGAAGCUGCGCAGAAACGACCGCAGCAGCGCCGCCUAUGACUCAGACUUGCCUCGCGCGGCGAGCGCUGCUCGCUCUUCCAAAAACGCUACACGUGGCGCGCCUCCCCCCCCCUGCGCUCCAUUCGAGGAGGGAGAGGAAGUCGACGAGGAGGAAGACGAAAACGACGUUCUCGACGCCGUCGCCCUGAGUUUUCUCCAUUCUGAGUGCUGUCCGCGCAGGGCGAGCUUCAUCUCCCUCUUUGACGUCGAUCUCGCCGGGCCGUGGGUCUUGCCGUUAGCUUUAGUGAACAAGUGGAAGGAGCGGACCGACGCCCUUCAGGACUGCCUAGUCAGCGGAAAGCAUGAAGUUUCCCUCCCGCUCGUUUCGCUCCGCAGUGCGAUUGGGUACCUCAGCAGCCUUCUUUUAACAAAGUCUCAGUGCCUGGCUGUUCUCACAGAGGGACGCGGCAUCCUGGAUCCAGUGGAAAUAGACGGUGUCUCCUCGUUGACCUCAGAUUCAACCGCGGCAGCGUCUACCUCAGAGCGUCAGAAAGAAACGGCGUCGUCUUCGUCUACGGUGUCACCCAACAAGGGGGGCGAGGCCUCUUCGCUGUCACUCCUCUUGCAGCUGAUUGUGCUGCUUUUCCAUCCGUGCUUCUCGUCGGUGGUUUCCUCCUCCGCGCCGGUCGGAGGUCAAGCGAUGCAAGUCGCGGAUUUGACAGGCGUUCUCGCCUCCAGGCAGCCAGUAGAAAAGCCUGCGCAUCCGGGGCUGGAAGAACCCGACCUCCUCAAGUCCGGUGCCCGAGGCAUGGCGGCGUCGGCGCCUGCUCACUUUUCGCUGGAAAGUUGCCGUGGGCAACUCAAGAGUUUCCUUCAGAGGCUGUCAGUGCACGGAAGCACGCCGUCGGACGGCAAACUGUCUCUAGAGGACAUUCUCAGGUGUGUGAUGGUGGAUCCCUUCGAAGUUCUUGCGCUCUUCGGCUGGUCACCUGAGAGGGAAGCGAGUGCGCCGCGUCCCACAGCUCAGACCGUUCAGCCGAGGAGCUCCGCCCGCGUUCGAGUCGAGGCCCAAGCGUCAGGAAGCGCCGAGGACGCUUCUGGGCCUCGCGCUUGCCAAAAUGAGGAGGGAGUAUCACGUGAAGCGCAGGGGCUUGACGAAGGUGCGGCAAAAAAGCAACAUUCGCAGAGCGUUUCAGGGGAACGUAGGAUGGAUUGUGAGGUUGAGUGCACGUACUGCCUUCGCAAAGUCCAGCUGCGCAUGUUCCGCCAGUGUGUCGUCACAGCCGGCAGUCAGCCUCCUUCAGCUGCCGAUGGAGAAGCGGAGGAAAAGGCCCACAGAGGAAGCGAAUCCUCUGCGCCUCUGUGGAAGGACGCGUGUUCCACGUACACACAGGCGUACUGUGAGACGGUCUUACGUAGCCAGACGAGGCCGGCGCCGGCUUCAGCGGGGGUAUCUGCCGCAAUCAUCACGUGUGAUGGCGAGUCAGACUUUGUACUCGGCGUGUAUCUGCCAUCGCCGCGCGUCGCGGGAAGGGAGCCUGGCGUGUUCGACCCUGUUCGCGCACAUCGGCUCCACUGUCCGUACAUCUCCAGUGCAGUCUAUGGCGGGCCCGCCGUCGUCGAAAAAGUGAUAUCUGCGCUUCUGCCGCUGCGAAUUCGCGGCUUCGAGCAGGCGAGCGCGCGGGAGGAACUGAGGAAGGAGGCCAUGCGAGCGUGGCGCUGGAGAAACAAACUGGAAGCAAAGGGACGCGUGCCGCGAGUCACAUGCGUAGACACGCGUUGCGAGUCAUCGUGA